AUGGUUAAAGUUGAUGAUUUAUCGAAUAAAAUUCCACAAGGAACACUUUUAACUAGAACAGAUGGAUAUAACAAACUUAUACCGUGUAUAAAUAUAAAAGGCUGGGUGGGUCAUUCUGUUGCUCAGAAUUUAGCUCCAAGCUUUGAUAGACGUUCAAAGAAAAACGAUGAUAUAAUUGCUAGAGGAAUUAAUUUUCACUUUAUAGCAGUCGCAAUGUUGAAUUCUUUAUGGCUAUUUCUUUGGAUCUCUUAUGUUUAUUGGAAUUUGAAAACUUAUCAUCCCGCUAAAAGUUUACUUCAAACUAUUUUUAUUCAUGCUCCAUUCUCUUUAUAUCAUGCUUGGAUUUUAAUAAUUGCUAUUCUUACAAUAUACGCAACUUUUACUCCUGAUAGACCGAUUGCUUAUCCUGCCGCUAUUGAAACUGUCAAUGAUGAAGUAAUUAAUGAAACAGCUACUGUUUAUUAUGAAAGUCCUAGUAUAUUUGUUCAAAUUUUAGUGAUUUUAGGACUUCUUUUCAUGGAGUGCACAGCAAUUGGUUAUAUCGAGAAAUUUAAAGGUGAUCUUGCUGGAGCUGCUGUAAUUGCUUGGACUUUAUAUGGAGUUUGGAGUGAACAACAAGAUGCUAUUAUACGUUGGACUGCUUUUGCUCUUGCCGUAGUUACUACAAUUCAUAUCUUAAAACCUCUUACUUUGAGUCUCCUUUCAACUUUUUUGAUUCUCUUGGUGUUAAUUCCAUCUCUCUUUGCUUAUUCAAUUCCAAAUUCCAAAUACAAUAAACGAAAUAAUCGUCGUGGUUUAAACAAUAAUGUUCGAGAUAACGAUUUUAGGAGUAUUUCUAAAAAGAAAAGAUAUGCUGGUCCAAACAUAAACAAACUUCAUCGUGCACGAUUUUCCAGACGGUGUAUAUCGCCAAUUGCAGAGACUGCAAUGUUGGGUGGGCCUUGUGGACCAUGUGACAGUUGUGGAGGGUUUGAUGUUUGUGACGAUGUACCUCUCUUAGGACCCGCAUGUUCAAAUGAUUUUGAAAGUGCAUUCGAAAGUGGUCAUGAAUUACAAUGUUGUGAUGAAUCUUGCGGUCAAACGUGUUGUGAAGGUUGUAAUGAAUGUGAUUUUAAUAUGAUCCUUUAA